AUGCCCGGAUCUAACACAAAUUGUGCUCAAUGGAUCACACUGACUGAUUUCGAUUUCCUGAAUCCUGAAAUCGACUCCAACUGUCCCAAUCUCUGGGCCGGUCAAUCCUACUGCGUUGAGGCCGUCGGAGACAUUUCCACCUACUCGGGGUAUGUCACCGGUACAAGCACCACAACUACCUCUAUUUGGUACGUCACAAGCACCAGCAUCGCCUGGACCGACUUUGCCACUGCAACCCCAGUAACAUACAAUAUCACAUCCACGACUUCCUCGUAUCCCCUUACUAGCGGAUCCCUGGAAAAAUGUUUCAAAGUAUUCGAUAACACGUACGGAAAUAUUCGCUGCUACGACGCUGCAUCCUUGUUUCGAGUCAGUAUUGCCAAUUUUGUGCUGUGGAAUCCAAGCGUCCUCAACGGCCAGAACUACAGCAUCACUGGCUGUACCCUGCAGAAUGAAACGCAAUAUUGUGGUUCCUACUACAAAACUGGUCUUCCAUAGACAAGGUCCGCAGGAGGAAAAUUCUCAUUCUGGGGGGCUUGUUAUAAAAGGUAAGAUCAAAUCUCUGUGCUGAUGAUGGCCAAAGAUGGAAUGAGUUGGCCAAUCCUAUAACACGCCCAGAUCAGAUAUUAACACAGAAAAAAAAAAGGGGGGG